AGACAGUGAGGGAGAGUUGACAGUGUGAGCACAGGAUGAGGGUGCAGAGGGAGAGCGCAUGAGAUAGUGACAGAGGCAGAGGUGCUCAGUGCUGCACAAUAGUGCCAGAGGCUGCUGGAGAGGGAGCGGGCGAGCGAGAGAGGGAGAGAGAGAGAGAGAGAGAGAGAGAGAGAGAGAGAGAGAGAGAGAGAAAGCAGGCAUCAUGGCAGCUCUCACUGCAUCAUCACGACACAUGGGGAUGUUUGGCCGCUGCUGGUGAGCACUGUGUGAUGCAGAGGAGAGAGCCGAGGACUUCCUGGAAACCAAAAGGCGAGCCGAGGAAACAGGUACGACCAGUGGGAGGAGCCACACGAUGAGCGGGAUCCUGAAGAGGAAGCUUGAGGAGGGCCCGUCCCCUUACCUGUCCCUGCAGGGCUCCGAUGAUGAUGAGGUUUCCUGCAGCGACAGCGGCAACAGCAGUGAUAGUCUCAACCAUCCGGUCCCCUCAGGACUGCUGGACUCCACUCUCCAGCAGAAGUCAAAGCGACUGCGGGGCCGUAAUGUGCACUUCGAGAGCGUGACGGUCUACUACUUCAACCGGCGGCAGGGCUUCACCAGCGUGCCCACACAAGGUGGCAGCACCCUGGGGAUGUCACCUCGUCACAGCGGGGUGAAGCGCUUCACCCUCAGGGAGUUCGCCAUGGAGCAGAAACAGAGCCACUGGAACAUGCUGAGGAAUCACCUGAAAGAAGAGAAACUGAACGCCAUCAAACUCAAACUGACUAAAAAUGGCACCGUGUCAUCCAUGGAGGCGGAUACCCUGACGCUUGACGACAUCUCUGAAGACGACCUGGAUGUGGACAACACAGAGGUGGAUGAUUAUUUCUUCCUCCAGCCUCUGACUACCAGACGGCGUCGAGCCCUUCUCCGUUCCUCGGGGGUGCGACGCAUCGACGUGGAGGAGAAGCACGAGCUGCGCGCCCUUCGCAUGUCCCGAGAGGAGUGUGGGUGCCGCUGCAGGGGGAUAUGCGACCCGGAGACCUGUGCUUGCAGCCUGGCCGGCAUUAAGUGCCAGGUAAAUGGAACUGUGGUUGACCGCAUGUCCUUCCCAUGUGGCUGCACCAAAGAGGGCUGCAGCAACACGACAGGCCGCCUGGAGUUCAACCCGGUCCGGGUGCGCACCCACUUCCUGCACACGAUCAUGAAGCUGGAGCUGGAAAGGAGCCGCGAGGAGCAGCAGCAGCAUCAUCAUCAUCAGCAGCAGCCGGAGCAGCAGCAGCAGCUUGUAACCAAUGGCAACGGUUACCAUGGUGACUCCUCCCUGGUCCAGCAGCAGCAGCAGCCGAACCUGCAGUUUCCACUGAUGAGUGGCGCGCCGCACAUUCCCAUAAUGCACCUCCAGAACACAGGCGACACAGAUUCGCAUCUAGAUGAAGAGGAGGAAGAGGAAGAAGAAGAAGAAGAAGAGGAAGAAGAGGAAGAGGAGGAGGAGGAGGAAGACGACGAAGAAGAUGAUGAUGAGGCUUAUGAGGAAGACGAGGACGGCAGCAGUGUUUGCAGCGGGCUGUCGGACUGCAGCACGCACAGCCUGGAGACAAUCGACCCCGAGGACGGAGAAGAGGACGAGGAGGACGAGGAGGAUGAGGAGGACGAUGAGGAUGAAGAGGAGGAGGGAGAGGAGGAGUGGGAUUGCUCGAUGCACGGAACGGGUCCUCCGCCCUAUCCAGUUCCACUGCCCUCAGUGCUGAGUUACUCUAACAACACACUCAUGGGCCUCAGUAACCCCUUUCACAGCACUCCCUCCAUGCAGCAUUAUCAAAUGGACAGCUCUGUGAAUGACACUCCUGCUUUCCUCAGUGAAAAUGUCAGCGGCACCCCCACACUCCCCACAGUAGAGACCGCGUUAGAGUCCAAAAUGAACACAGAGCCCCUCCACCAGACAACGCAGCAGAGCACUCCCUGCCAUUUCCCCGACCCCACAGAGUCCCUGACUCUCCAAACUUGCUCACAUGUAGAAACCCGUGAGAGCAGUGCUGCCCCUGCUGGCGCAGCCAAGGAACAGCAGCUCUCCACAGACCUCCAGAACAAUCCAGACCAUGACUCACAGACUGAGGCUUCAGCGGGGUCUCUGGAGCAGACGCAGGAGGAAAUAAAGGAGCCGAUGCCGGAGAAACCGGGACAGCAAAUGCAGGCUGAACAAUCAACAGACACAUCAUGCUCAGACAGUACCUGAUGAUUCAGAGUUCAGAGAGGAAUCAGUUGAUAAUUGGAAAUCUUUAUUCAAGAAUUGCGACCUUCAGCGACGAGUUUGAUUUAUUCUUGAUAAGUGCACUUCCAAAGAGAGAACGAGUCACACAGAUUUUAACAGAGGGCUCAAAGAGGUGAUCUAAUUUUAGCUCUGAACCUUUCCAAGAUCGUUGGCUUAGGCAAUAGACUAAAAAAUAAAGAUAAAGCUCAAUAAACAGUGUUUCUGAACGUUACUUGUAUAAUUUAUGCCCUGUUAUAAAGUCUUUGAUCAUUACAGCAUGUUUAGUGGUCAUGACAGGCAUCUGUGACAAAUUAAGGUUUUGAGGUGCUCGUAUUGUUUCACUUUCUUCCAUUGUGCUGGUGUCUCAUCGUUGCUGCCAAUCGUUCUAAAAUGCCUGUCUGUAUAGCAUGUGUUUGGUUUACGUAAAGUGUUUCAAGGCUCAACACAAACUGUAAAAUGAUAAAAACAUAUACAUCUGUUACAAUUCAUACCUAAAGGCCUCCCGCCCCCGCUUUUGUGCUCAGAUUUUAGCCUUGCUCACAGCAUGGCAAGGCCUUCAUUCUAGACUUGAAUAUUUGAACAUAUAUUGAAGGAUAUGUCAUGAAGUUUUGUACAGACAUUAUUGUUCCCAACAGGAUGAAUUUUAAAAACUUUGGACAUCUGUUGAAGCAGCUAUAAUCAAUUUUUUCUAUAAACAAUGGAUAACAUGAUUACAUGUGAGUGAAAAACAAUUUGCACCCGACUUUGCAGUGUGUUUCAGCCUCUUUUAGCUCAUUGUUUUGGUUGUCUGGCCUGUAACUUUACUACUUUGAUUCACUUAUGCUGCUCUGUUUAUGGCCAUAACAUGAAACUGUUUUCAGCUUAAAAAGCUCUGAUAAAUCUACUGUACCCCACCUGUCCUUUACCAAAUGGCAGACAAAGUUAGCAACUAGCUGGUCAGCAUUUAGUAGCUAAAGAGGCAGAUACUGUAUUUCUCUCAGGAGCUGGUGGAGAACAAACACAGAGCUAAAAACAGGAUUAAAUAUUAUAUUCUCAUUCAUCAGAUGGACACACAUGGCAGCCAAAGUUAGCAACUAGCUGGUGAACAUAGUGGAGUGUUUAGCAGCUAAAGAGGAGGCAGAUACGUUCCUCAAGAGCUGGUGGAGAACAAACACAGAGCUAAAAACAGGAGACAGAAAUUGGACUUAUAUUCAUGAGGUGUACACAAACAUGACUCCAUAUUAAUGCUAAUGUUGCUCUUCAGCCAUAUUAACUUAAAACGUGAAUAUAUGUCAGUAUCAUGUUUACAGCUUCUGUCUGGUUUCUCAAAUAAGCUAAAAAAGCUAACAAGUAAGCAAAUGUAACUUUUCAUCAUAAGGGCAAAGUUUGACUUUGACCAAAUACAAUCAAUCAUAGCUGUACUUUGAGUUAAAUACUAGCUAGUUACCUUCGUAUUUUGCUUUAGUAGACAGCUUUAUUCAUUUAAAAGAAACCCACUGUACUCUUCCUGUUGUUCUUUGACAAAUGGUAAACAAAAUUAACAACUAGCUGGUGAAUAUAGUUGAGCAUUUAGCGGCUAAAGAGGGAGGCAUUUCCUUCAGGUGGUGGUGGAAAACGAAAACAGGAGAGAACAUUGGACUUACAUUUAUGGGCCGAACACAAACACGACUCCAAAUGGUAUGCUAAUGUUGCUCUUCGUCUGCUAGAUGUGCUGUGUCUUCUCACGAGUUAGCAAUAUCAGCGUAAAACCUUACAUGUCGAUAAAGCAUUCAUCGCUUCUGUCUGACGCCUCCAUGUAGCCAAAAAGUUAGCAAGUUUAGCCUCCUUAACUGUUAUUUGUGUUGGCAAGUGAGCAAAUGCUAGCUAACAUAACACAACACAUUAACAUGAGCAAGCUAUUUCUGUCAGUGUUAACAUGUUAGCAUGCUGAAGUUAGCCAACGUGUACAGCCUGCUAACAUAGAGCACAAGCACAUUUUUCAAGUUAUAUUGCGUGAACAUGUAAAAAUGCUGACGAUGAGGUAUUUUGCUAUAAAUUUAAGGCACCUGAUGCAAAAUUAUGACCUUUAAAGCCAUCAUUUUGACACAGCACCUAUAUAUUUUGCCUCAAAUGUGUCCCUCCUAUUUGCUGUCCUUCUUUUCUCCACUCAGUAACGUCACUAUCGAUGUCUCCUCGGUGUUAAUCGGACCUUAACACACACGUGUGCCAAAACAUUUAGCAAGAUUAGAGAAACAUCCGGUCUAUGCAUGUUGUUUAUCAUUUUACAGUCAUGUGAACAAAUGUGAUUAAAUUAUUAACUUAUUGUCUCUCAAAACUGCCAAAACUGGGGGCCAAAUAUCUUUCAUGUUCUUUUUAAAAAUCAAUUGUACAUUUCCAUGAGUGUGUGAAUAAAAAAAAAAACCUUUUUGAACAUCCAUCUCAGCUUAAAGGUGGUCGUCUGUUUUUCUACCAGCAGAUGGCGUCUGUUGCUCAACAAACUGACUUCAUCCCUCCCCUCUGCUUACAUCCCCUCCAACAUCAAGGGGUUAAAUCAUCUUUUCUGACGUCAGUGUAUCUGUUGAUUACAUGCUUUCUGCCUCGGGACAAUCUGUGACAUUGGUGUUUGCUCAGUACAUCUCCCCCAUGUCACCAAAAAAAAACCCCAAACAUUUCUUAAAUCUCAGUGAGAGAAAAAAAAAAGUCAGGCUUCCUGGAAAAUGUUGAC